CUGACUCCAGAGCCCGGGCUCUUUCCACUGAGCCACACUGCAGAGUUCCAACCUUAAACCUGCCCCUGGCUUCGAAGUCUGAGAGACUCGAGCCACUGCCACCCCACCCGCCAGCAUGAUUCCUUCCAAGCCCAGACUGGUUGUCCCCUACGGCCUGAAGACUCUGCUGGAGGGCGUCAGCCGGGCCAUCCUCAGAACCAACCCGCCCAACAUCACCCAGUUUGCCGCUCUCUAUUUCAAAGAGCUGAUUCUGUUCAGAGACGCAAACUCUUCACUGGAUAUAAAAGACCUGGUCAAGCAGUUCCACCAGAUUAAAGUAGAGAAAUGGUCGGAGGGAAGAGAAGAGGCGAAGGCGGAGGAUGAGGCGUCCAGGGAGGUGCCGCCGCCGCCCCCACCGCCCCAGCCGACCCCCGCCAGCCUCGAAGAAGAGAAAAAGGAAGUGUCGCGGCAGGAGAAGUCGACGGACACGGAGGAGGACAAUAUCGCGGGGCUGCUGUACAGCAACAAGACCACCCAGUUCCCGUCCUUCCACGCUGAAGUGUCGGAGCCGGAGGAGAGGCCGGAAGCGGCCGUGGCGGCGCCGUCGCCCAAGGCCUCCAGCCCCAAGCUGUCCUCGCCGCCGCCCUCCCCCUCGCCGCCGCCGCCGCCGUCGUCCGCGGCCUCCCCCGAGCUGGUCUACGUCCCGGCCGACCCGGCCCAGCUGGCCGCCCAGAUGUUAGGUAACAUUGCGUCGUCUUACUCUGAGGUGUUAAUGGUGGACGUGGCCACGGGCGUCCCUUCCCUCCCCGAGGUGAGCUCCGGCUCCGAGCAGGCCAGCGGCGUCCCCUCCUCCGAGAGCGCCCUGGGGGCCAUCACCACCGUCCGCAUCUCCGGGACCUCGGCCGAGUCGGUGGCGUUGGGCCCGGCCUCGCCCCGGGCCGAGGAGGGGCCCGCGGCCGAGCCGUCGGCGGGCCCCCCUCCGGACGACCCGCGGCGCUCCGCCGACCGGCUGGCCCCCGAAGCCCCCUCGCCGCCGGCCGAUCUCGAGGUGACGUCCACCGUCGAGAUCACGCCGGUCUACGACGAGGAGCCCGGGCCCGAAGGGGAGGCCUAUGUGGAGCAGAUCCCCGCAGAGAUAGUCAUCCCCUUCACUGACCAGAUUGCCCGUCUUCAAGACACCACGCAGUCGUCGCCGGUCCAGAGCCGGGUGGCCGUCCGGACCCCCUCGGAGGGGUCAGCCGAGUCGGCCCGCCCCGGGGCCGCCGCUGCCCCGGAGGACGGCGGCGAGCCUCCGGGGCAAAGCGACCGGGCGGGGCUCUCCACCGGCUCCUCCGACACGUUCGUCCCCUCGGCCGAGACCGUGCCCUCGCUCGAGGGCGUUGGGGCGGACCCGUCCGCGAGAUCGCUGCCCUCGUCCCUGUCGACCUUCCCCGAGGCCGAGUCCUGGGCGAUGUCUUCCGCCCAACCCGUGCCCCCGCAGGAGGGCGUAAAGCCCGCCGAGCCUGCACCAUCCGCAGUGGCGGAGGCCGAGGCGGCCCCUUCCUCGGGGUCCGUGGCUAGCCGGGGCCCCGCCGACCCGCAGAACGACCCAACCGGGGACCCCGCCCCUUCAGCAGGUUUGCCAUCCGGAGCAAUCGCGGCAAGCGAAGCGGGACAACCACCACCAUACUCUAACAUGUGGACUCUUUAUUGUCUAACCGAUCUGAACCAAGCGAGCCACGCCUCACCGCCUCCGCCGGCCGGGGCGCCCCCCCCGCCCCAGCCCGGCCUUUACCUAGCCAACGCUAAGGAGCCACAGUCCGUGCAGCUGCCUCCGAAAGUCACCUCUCCGACUUACGUGAUGCUGGACGACGGCAAGAGGACCCCCGCCCCGCCCUUCAUUCUAGUGGGCUCUAACAGGCAGGAGGCCCAGGACUGGAAGCCCCUCCCGGGACACGCCGUCCUCUCGCAGCCGGACGCCACCAAGAGAUUUGCCGCCGUCCAGGUGCCCGUGGCCGUCCCGGCCGAGCCCGGCUGCCCCCGGCCCCCGCCGGGCCCCCCGCGGCCGGACGGCCCCCACAGGCCGCAGAGCCCGGUGUUCCUCUCGGUCGCCAUCCCUUUAGAAGACGUAAAGAAAAAGGGGUCUGGAUCUGGAGACAGACGCACCCCCUUUGCAGGGAGUUACGGUAUCGCGGGAGAGAUUACCGUGACGACCACCCCCGUCCGCAGAGCAGACACGUAGAGCGUGUUGGCAGAUGCUGAAAAUGAUGAUGAUGAUGAGGCUGUUUAAGCCAGGAUUCAAGGUGGACUCACCCACCCUGGAUG